ACAUCUCGUCAGUGGGUGGUUGACUGUAUCAGCUGCCUUCUCUGUAUACAAGGCCAGCCCAUGAACCUGGGGUCAGCGGAGGAAGAGCUGAGAUGUCUCCGUGAAGAACUAACAGCAGCUCUGGACCCCGAGGCUCUGUUUCAGGCAUCUUCCAAAAUGGCCAGGGUUGUUAGUGAGUACUUUCCCCCGGAACAGGCCACAGACUUUAUUGAGGCCACAGUGGAUGGUAUGCUGGCUGCCAGCCCCACCUAUGUCACGGCAGCUGGACUGUGGAUGAAGAUCAUCCUAAAGGAGUGUGGAGAUGCCAUGCUGGACCAGGUGCCAGCUAUCCUGAAUAUAAUAUAUAGCCACAUGCCUACUAUCCAGGAGGGCAUCUUGAGGCAGUCCCUGCUGGAGGCAGUGUCCAUUCUAGCUCACCAUCACCUAGAAGCAGUGAUCUCAGCCUCCUCAGAAAACAUCUGCCGAUGGACAGGUAUAUACCACUACCGAUUGCAUUCAUCUUGGUAA